AUGGAAGAAGAAGGUUAUAUAGAUGCUGGGAGCCUAGGAGGCCGCUUGGUGCCAGUUUGGAGCGUCAAGUGCUGGGAGUUCCUCCAUCCCGACCACCGCCGCGUCCUCUCGCUGCCGGCGUCGUGGCGCUCGCUGCCGGCGUCGCUCCGCCACGACGCCCUCCUCGCACUCGCGCGCCUCCUCAAGACCGUCCCGCAAUGCCACCUCGCCCUUCACGCCGUCAGCCCCCCACGCUCCUCUGGCACCCCCUCUUCCACCCCACUCGCUGCCCGCUUCGCCGCCGCCUCCCGCCUCGCGGUGUCGGCGUCUGCGCUCCGCCCAUUCGCCGCAAUCCUCCUCGCGGCGCUCCUCCCGGCCGUCUCCCCGGACCUCCUUUCCUGGUCUUCCUCCUACGGAAGCACCGGCGGAAGCGCUCGCGUGCGGUACGCCGCGCUCCGGCUCGCGCUCCACGCGUUUCUCGCCGCGGGCAUGGCGGCCGAGGCGCUCCACGUUCUCGCGCGCGUCCGCCGCUCCGGGAAUACGCCCAGCCUCUCCGCUCUGGCGGCAUUGCUGCGCCUUCUCUUCCGCAGCGGGGAGGUCCGCGCUGCCUGGAACGUGUUCGAGGAAAUGGCCACGAGGGGGCCGCGCCCGAGCCUUGCCAUCUUCAACGCCAUGGUCCUCGGGUUCUGCCACAGGGGGAUGCUGCGCGUCGCCUCCGGGCUGCUUGGGGUUCUGGAAAAGAAGUUCAGUAUCGUCCCGGAUGUGUGCAGCUAUAACAUCCUUAUCAAGGGGCAUUGUUUGUUUGGGUGGUCGGGGGACGCCUUCAAACUGUUUGAGGAAAUGCGCAGGGCAGGAUGUGAGCCAACGGUCGUGACCUAUAACAUACUGGUGGAUGUUCUGUGCCAUGAGGGGAGGAUGGUGGAAGCGAGGAGCCUGUUCGAUGAGAUGGCACAGGUGGGGAUCAAAGCAAAUACAAUCACCUUCAAUGUCUUGAUUGAUGGAUAUGCAAAGACCGGUCUGAUGGAUGAGGCCAGUGCGGCCUAUAAGGAGAUGAAAGUGAGGGGAUUAGUGCCGGAUUCCUGCACCUUCAACAUUCUUGCUGCUGGAUCCUACAAGUUUGGGCAUGCUGCCCAGUUAGUCCAUGACCGUGAAAUGUUUUGUUCAGAUACGGCUGAUGACUUGGAUGUGUUGGUCUGUAGGCUUUGUUGGGAUGGCCGAUUGGAUGGUGCCUGGGAGCUUCUGCGUGGUGCUAUUGAGCAGGGUGUUCCAGUUAGUGUUGCUGGAUUUAAUGCGUUGAUCGCUGCUUAUAGCAAGGAGGGACUCCAUGACGCAGCUUUUCAACUAUAUAGAAUUAUGAACAAGUUGGGACUGGCACCUUCAACACAUAUUUUUUGUUACUUGGUAAUGGGGCUGUGCAAUCAAGGAAGGCUUGAUGAGGCGCAGCUUGUUGUAGAAUACAUGGUCAGUAAGGGAUAUUGUCUAAGCACAUCAUUUACUAUCUACUUGGAUGCAUCCUUCAGAGAGGGUGAUGCAGUCCGUGCUUUGAAAUGUUGGGAUGAUAUGGAAAAAAUUGGUCUGCAGCCUGAUUUUAUUGCCUUCUCAGCAUAUGUCAAUGGCCUAUGCCGAUUAGAUUACGUGAAUGAGGCUUAUCAGGCAUUUGCUGAGAUGACAACGAGAGGACUUGUACCGAACAAUAUUACUUACAACUCCAUCAUAUCUGCAUUUUGUCGGGCAGGCAAUAUUUCCGAAGCUUUGAAGUUACAGCAGAAGAUGAGGCAGGGUGGCCUUGUUCCUGAUGUUUACACGAGCAACAUUCUAAUCGACGGCUUGUGCAGAGAAGGAAACUUGAAGAUGGUGGACAACCAUUUAUUGGACAUGUGCAGUAAUGGUCUAAUCCCGGACACAGUGACAUACAAUACUAUAAUCAAUGCUUAUUGCAGGGCUCAGGAUAUGAACGGCGCUAUGAAUUUCAUGAAUAAGAUGUUUGCAGCUGGUUGUGAACCAGAUAUUUUCACAUAUAAUAUUUGGAUGCAUAACCUCUGCAGCAACCAUAUGUUGAACCAAGCAGGGAAGGUGUUAGAUGAGCUUGUUGCUAUGGGUUGUCAUCCUAAUUCAGUUACAUACAAUACAUUGAUGGAUGGCAUUUGCAGUGAUGUUCUUGAUCGAGCUAUGAUACUGACUGGCAGGCUGAUUAAGAUGGCUUUUCAACCAAACACUAUCACACUUAAUGUUUUUCUUUCUCAUUUCUGCAAGCAAGGGUUUGGGAAGAGAGCCCUUAUGUGGGCUGAGAAGCUCAGAGAAGAUUCUUUUGUUUUUGAUGAUGCUACUAGAAAUAUAAUUGAUUGGGCACAAAGGGAAAUGGAGAAUGAUCCCCAGGCUAACAACGAGGACAUAGAUAAGUGCCUGUUUCUCGAGUUCUUAAUGUUCAUGACAUAUGAGACUAUGCACAGCAGCAGAUUCUCAAAGGCUAGGCAUGUGCCUACAGAUAAAGGUUCUGAUCCUGCUGGCACCAACAUGAUCGAAAUUUUGGAUGCUGGUUGA